AUGUUUGCCCCAUUCUUUCGUUCAUUGAAAUCCAAUGCAAUAGCGCAAAGAGGGUUGUUUGUCGCCAAAACUUCGCUUCGACAAUACCGGUGCCGGUUGUUUUGCUCACCUUCUGCUGUGUUGCUGUGCAGUUUCAGUAGAGAUAUGCCUCUUUCCAUUUCACAGUUGCGAACACGACUACGGAGUCAGCUGCAGGACGGGUGCCCACGGAUGCAGUCCAUCGACACCGAAGGUCAAUUAACGCUCACACUUGCGAGAAGCCGUCGACCAGCAGAGCAGGAGGAGGCGCUGGAGCGAGCAGAGUCCCUAUGGCGUGAACUAGAGGAUUCCGCCUCGCCACUUCCGUUGACGUCCAUCACGGGACUGCGUGUGUCACUUUGCACAUCCAUGCGCCGGUGUGCACUUGUUGCGCGAAAGCAAGAACUGGCGGAGUCAUGGACCCGACGUUUUGCCAACCUACGGAACCUACAACCAAUGGACUUCACUACUGGGGCUAAUGUUGCUGCAGGGCGUGUUCGGGGUUGGCAACACGGACGGCCUGCUGAGGAAACGGAUCAAGAGGAGAUGAGUGGUGGGGUGGUUGAUGAUGACGGGGCGGGUGCAGAAGGUGCAGGCAGGAAGUCUGGAAAUAAAGAAACUCCACUGCAGAAGUAUCGCCAGGAAGUUAUGAUGGACCACCCCAUGAUGCAACUGGCGUUUAAGCGAGGAGUACACACCCCUGGGCCGCGUUACACAGGGGAUUAA